CUGGAUUGCUGAGUCACUGGACACACAAGUGGACAAUUUCAGUGAUCUACAAAUACUACUGAUGGCUCUUGGAUUGUUCAGACAAUCUUUUUCUAGUCUCAAGAUUAAACCCACAUUUGGCUUUCCAGAAUUUUGAUCCAAGUGGCACCAGUUUUGCAGUUUUGAUGGUCUUUGAACAGAGUAGGACUUUGGUCCAAAGGUUUUUGAACAAGUUCUUUUUGAAAAUAAAAACUCAGACUUUACAUCUGCAUUGUUAAAGAAAAAUGGACAAUAGGUGUGCUGGUGCUGGGAAUCAGCUUCUCCAUGUGGACCUCAAUAUUGAUGAGCAUGAACCUCGUAGAGGCAUCCUGGAUCUCCUCAGCAGACUGCGUCCUCUUUGGAAGGCACAAAACAUUCAGAUGAAGAAAUUCACAGAAGGCAUCACCAACCAGCUUAUUGGAUGCUACGUGGUCUCUCUCCAGGAGCCCGGUUGUGUUCUGGUGCGACUGUACGGCAAAAUGACGGAGCUCUACGUGAACAGGGACCGGGAGGUGGAGAUGUUCCAGGUCUUCCACGCCCACGGGUGCGGUCCACAGAUCUACUGCAGCUUCCAGAAUGGCAUAUGCUACGAGUUUGUUAGAGGAACAGUGCUGGAUGAUGAGCUGCUGCGACAACCAUCCAUCUACAGAUUGAUCGCAGCAGAGAUGGGGAGAAUCCACUCCAUCCAGCCAAAAUGUGCUCUGCCUGUUGAACCUCUUCUCUGGACAAAAAUGUCCCACUUUCUCACGCUGGUGCAGAGCAGUAGCCCAGCUAAGCAGCGCUGCACAAAAAGGUACAACUCUCGACAAUAUCAUCUCAAUGUAUUUGCGAUAUCGUAGUCAUCUCAACGCAUU